UUGUGUUUUACCCUUUCGAACUAAUAUUUGAAACCCUCAGCUCGUGUGUAAACACGAAUGUCGUAUGGAACUGUAAACUGCAAAUCAAAGCUCCAACCCCAAUCCUAGGUUGAAGGUAGAGCAUGGAAUGGCUUACAUCGACUCCAUGGUACAGAAAUGCACCUCUCUCGCACACAUCAAACAGCUCCAAGCCCAUUUCAUUACCACCGGCCAAUUCCUAUUCUGCCCAUCCCGCACCAAACUCCUCGAGCUCUGCGCCGUCUCACCCGCCGGUGACCUCUCUUAUGCCACCCUCAUAUUCCGCCAAAUCCAAAACCCAUCAACCGAGGACUGGAACGCCGUCGUUCGCGGCCUCGCCUCCGGCCCCGAACCCACGAAGGCCAUCUCAUGGUACCGAACCAUGUCGCGCAGGUCCCAAAGAGUGGACGCGCUCACGUGCUCCUUUGCUCUCAAGGCAUGUGCACGUGGGCUGGCUCGCUCUGAGGCCAUGGAGAUACAUUCCCAAAUAGUGCGCUUUGGGUUCUGUGCGGACUUUCUUUUGAAGACUACUUUGUUGGACGUGUAUGCGAAAGCUGGCGAUCUUGAUUGUGCGGAAAAGGUAUUUGAUGAAAUGGGUGUGAGAGAUAUUGCCUCGUGGAACGCCUUGAUUGCUGGGUUGGCUCAGGGAAGUCGACCCAGUAAAGCUUUAGCGUUGUUUAAAAGAAUGACGGUAGAGGGUUGGAAGCCUAAUGAAGUCACCGUUCUUGGAGCUCUUUCGGCGUGUUCGCAACUGGGUGUUGAGAAAGAAGGCGAAAAGAUUCACGGGUACAUCAUGGAAGAGAAGCUAGACAUGAACGUGAUAGUUUGUAAUGCAGUUAUUGAUAUGUAUGCGAAAUGUGGCUUCGUCAAUAAAGCGUAUCGUGUGUUUGAGCACAUGUUCUGUAGAAAGAGUCUUGUUACGUGGAAUACCAUAAUUAUGGCGUUUGCUAUGUAUGGUGAUGCACAUAAGGCACUUGAGCUUUUUGAGCAAAUGGGUCGAGCCAGUGUGCACCCGGAUGCUGUAUCAUAUCUUGCUGUGCUAUGCGCGUGCAACCAUGCAGGCUUAGUGGAAGAUGGGGUGCGGUUGUUUGAUUCGAUGGCUGGUUCUGGGGUUACCCCUAAUGUUAAGCAUUAUGGAAGUGUGGUUGAUUUGUUGGGUCGAGCUGGGCGGCUCAAAGAGGCUUAUGAUAUUAUAAACUCCAUGCCUAUGUUUCCCGACGUGGUUCUUUGGCAGAGUUUGCUUGGUGCCAGCAAGACUUAUGGGAAUGUAGAAAUGGCUGAAAUUGCAUCACGGAAGCUGGUGGAGAUGGGGUCUAAUAGUUGUGGGGAUUUUGUGUUGUUGUCAAAUGUUUAUGCAGCUCGUGAGAGAUGGAAUGAUGUGGGUAGGGUGAGGGAGGCAAUGAAGAAUAGGGAUGUAAAGAAGAUACCAGGAUUUAGCUACAUUGAAGUGGAUGGUGUCAUACAUAAGUUUGUAAAUGGUGAUCAGAGCCAUUCCAAUUGGCGUGAUAUUUAUGCAAAGCUUGAUGAGAUUAAGUUCAGGAUUAAAGCAUAUGGGUAUGUGGCUGAGACUAACUUUGUGUUGCAUGAUAUAGGACAAGAGGAGAAGGAGAAUGUAUUGUGUUAUCACAGCGAGAAGUUAGCUGUGGCUUUUGGUUUGAUUAGCACAAGUGAGGGGAACCCAAUCCAAGUAAUUAAGAACCUUAGGAUAUGUGGGGAUUGCCAUAUUGUGAUUAAACUUAUAUCAAAGAUAUAUAGCAGGGAAAUUAUCGUGCGAGAUCGAGCUCGAUUUCACAGAUUUAAAGAAGGUCUGUGUUCUUGCAAAGAUUUUUGGUGACAUUGAUCUUUUCAGAAAUUGAACCAAUAGUCUGCUUGGUGAUUAUGAAGGAGGCGGUUCAUUGCUUUAAAUCAGUGGAAAAUUGAUGAUGAAGGAUUUGUAACCUGCUUUUCAGAUAUAAAAGUCAAACUUUUUACCUAAACCGGAAGCAAGCCGACACAAUUUUUGUCUCUUGUACUGAUUUUCAUUUUUGAGGAUGAAAAUAGCUCAAGACAGGGCAGGGUAGAAGGGAUUAUCUGCAGGAGGGAGCAUGAGAUGCUAUACAUGUUGUUUAGGUAAACUCCAUCCCUAAUGGGCUUCUUGGUGUAGAUAGGUAGCGAGGUUCAUGCAACCCAACCCAACCCAACCCUCCCUGCUUUCUUCUUUUUCACUUCUUUUCUUCAUAUGUUUUCCUGUCGUUUAGUCCUCGCCUGCAAUCCUAAUUUUUUGCCAUUACUAUUUACUUUGUUUAACCAGUAUUUUCAUCAGGCACAUCAUGUUUCUCUGGAUUAAUUAGAAGAGCGGUACUUUAUUCUUUAUUGGGUUUAAAAUGAGAUUUAAGUCAUUCCUCAAUGUUUACAAUGAUUAUCUAAAAGCUCUAGAGUGAGGAUCUUUCACAUGCUGUCUCCGAUCUAACUUCAGCCCAACUGCUCGAUUGACACACUCGUUGAUUAUCAUAUGAGAAUCAUCAGUGAGAAGACCACUGCUCUUGCCUUUUCGUUGAGACUUGAGAGUUGAGAGUGCCUUAAUCAAAACUUGAUAGCACUGUAGAGUAAGCUGAGGAAGCUGAAUCUGCUACUGUGUAGUACCAAAUUGAUCAUUUUCGAAAGACAGGAAAGAUGGUGUGGAGUCUGUGGACCUUAUGACCACUGUUUUAUGGAGAUGAGACUACCUCAUGGCUGAUGUGGCAUUAAAUGACGUAUGCAAUGGAUGAUAAAAAACAAAAACAAAACAAAAGGGUAAGUUUAUCUGAAUGUGACUAUAAUAGCACAUACUUACCAGAGGUUAACAAGUUUUUACACCUCAUUGUCACA